ACAUAGCCUACGCAGAUACAACCACUAGGCUAUAAGGCUACUAUUUUAGGCCUAUGUGUUUUACAUUCAAAACAUUAUAGCCUAUACAGUUCUGUUUCUGUUCUGAUACAGAAAUGUAUAUUGGGUUUAGCACUAGACACAUUUAUUUUCAGAUUAUAAAACGUGGCCUACAGCUUUUAGAGUGGGAGGAGCGGAGUAAUCAUAAUAACAGAUCUACAAACGCUGUGCACAGACCCCGCUCCCAUACACAGUGAAGGGUUAGACUGUUCUAAAUCCAGUCCAGUGGAGGGCUUGAUUUAGCUCUUCCAGGCGUCCACCUAAACGUUUUUCACCUUAUUCGACCCCUCAACUCGCCUGUCCUCUACAUGUUUCAAAUUGUCCCCACCAGCCGUGGCGUCGACAUGGACAGAGUCGUUUUGUAGAAUCUCGGUCGUACUGUGCGGUUAUUUGUAUGGCCGGAGUAUGCUGCAAGUGUCCAGUCUCUCUGUCCGUGUUCAAGCGCUCUCUCUCGGUAACGCCGCGAGGCUGCGGGACCGCUCCUCGGUCCCUCCUACCGAGCUGGAGGCUUGGGGAGCGGGGCCUGCAGGAGGCUGCCCGUCCCUCCAGCGUCCUUAGACCCUCAGGCUUUUACCGACACACGACGUUCUUCUGUCUCUUUUGCCAGGAGUCCAUGAGUUUGAGUCUGCGGACCUGCUAUCUGUACCUGAACCAAACCAGCCGGAGUUUUGCGGCUGUGAUACAAGCGCUGGACGGGGAGUUAAGGCAUGCAGUUUGUAUUUUCUACCUGGUGCUGCGAGCGCUGGACACCGUCGAGGACGACAUGACUAUCCCUCUGGACAAGAAGGUUCCCAUGCUGAAUGAUUUCCACACCUACCUGUACCAGGAUGGGUGGUGCUUCACAGAGAGCCAGGAGAAAGACCGACAGGUUCUGUCGGAUUUCCCCACGAUAUCACUGGAAUUCAGAAACCUUGCUCAGCAAUACAGAGAUGUCAUCUCAGACAUCUGCCACCGUAUGGGAGCAGGAAUGGCUGACUUCUUGGAAAAGAAAGUGGGAUCCAUGAAGGAGUGGGACCUGUAUUGUCACUACGUGGCCGGUCUGGUCGGUAUCGGUCUGUCUCAGCUGUUCUCUGCGUCCCAGCUGGAGGACCCCGAGGUGGGGCGCGACACUGAGCUGGCCAACUCCAUGGGCCUGUUCCUCCAGAAGACUAACAUCAUCCGAGACUAUCUAGAGGACACACAAGAGGGACGUGCCUUCUGGCCACAAGAGGCUUGGAGUCAGUUUGCAGGUCGUCUGGAGGACUUGGCCCAGCCGGAGAAGCUGGAGUCGGCUCUCUACUGUCUCAACCUGCUGGUCACUGAUGCUCUGCGACACGUCCCGGAUGUUAUUGCCUACCUGUCCCGCCUGCGCAACCAGAGCGUCUUCAAUUUCUGUGCCAUUCCACAGGUGAUGGCAAUAGCUACACUGUCGACAUGCUACAACAACCCCAUGGUGUUCCAGAGAGUGGUGAAGAUCAGAAAGGGACAGGCAGUCACACUCAUGAUGGACGCCACCAACAUGAGUGCUGUGCAGACCAUCAUCGCCCAGUACAGCCAGGAGAUUUUACAGAAGGUCUCCCACACGGACCCGUCGCGGGACAAGACCCUGCACAUCCUGGCUUUAAUCCGAGAGAAGUCCACCCUGUCACAGUCUAGCCUCGCCUCCAGGACCCACCACCUGUCGCCCAUGUACCUGUCUGCUGCCAUGCUGCUCGCCGCUCUCAGCUGGCAGUACCUCAGCACCACUGCAGCACAGGCACAGGGCACCGGUGACAUGCAGAGACAGUGAACCCAUAUCACCUCCAUCUUACCCGGGUCCCACAGACUCAGAAAGCCCCUAUGCCCACUCUGGAGGUCUGCUGGAAUCUAAAACACUUCCUCCCACUUUGCCUUGUUUAUUAUGGCCGUCACAGGACCAUGGAUAUAUUUAGACCAUGGAGGGGUAUAGCAGGCUGGUCUGUGUUUGAUUGUGAUUUCUAGUAGUCCAUCCUGCAUCUGGAUAAAUAAUUUACACAAAGUGUUGUGUGGUUAUACUCACCAGCAUAAAUGGCACAUUAAAACCAUUAAGGGCGUUUUGUCUGAUGUUAAUUUUGGUUGUGUGUUCUUUUUUUUUUUUUUUUUUUUUUUGUAACAUGUUGGCCCUUUUGAAUUGCGUGAACUUAUUCAGCGUAUUUUGAACAUUUCAAGAUAGAAAAUGUAUUCCCCAAAAGUGAUGAAAUGCAGAGUCAAAUCUUAGUCUUCAUAUUUUCCAUGUCAAAUUUAAAGCUAUCUUCAUAUUCCACUUGGUUUGUUUCUACACUGGAAACACUCCUUUUCACACAAAUGAAAGCACUGUUACAGUGCACUUUAUAGUAAAUGUGCUGUAUGUUAGCAUAGGUGAUGUGGACAGCAUCCACUCACCAUAGAGCUUUAUUUCAACACUUUUAUGUCUAUGUUCUUUCUGUUUCAACGCUAUAGGAGAAAAUGAAAAGAACAGCAUUUCCAAGGUAGUUUGGACAUGGACUGUUUGAAUGAAUAAGGGAGAACAAAUGUAAUUUCCGGUACAUUUGAUAUCUGAAAAUGAAAUGCAUAUGCUAGCUUAAGUGCCCUUAACACAGCUUUGGUGAGUAGAGGCUAUAGCACAGAGUAACCUUGUACAGAACCAAAGGAGAGCUACAAACAUUGCUAUGUAAUGUGACAUUUUGAUUUGUACAUAUGAACAAAUAAAGAGGAGUAAAAAUCUA